AUGUCAAUGAAAUCAAAUUCAGCAUUUCAACGUCUUCAAGCUGAAUAUCGUCGUUUAGCGAAAGAUCCAGUUCCAUAUUUAACAGCUCAGCCAUUAUCAUCGAAUUUAUUAGAAUGGCGUUAUGUUGUACGUGGACCGAGUGAAACACCUUACGAAGGAGGAAUCUAUCAAGGAAAAAUUGUUUUUCCCGUUGAAUAUCCCUAUAAACCACCAAGUAUAUAUAUAUUAACUCCAAAUGGUCGAUUUAAAACCAAUACAAGUUUAUGUUUAACAAUAACAUCAUUUCAUCCUGAUUCAUGGAAUCCAUCUUGGUCAAUAUCAUCAAUAUUAAAUGGAUUUUUAAGUUUUAUGUGUGAUACAAGUGCAACAUUUGGUAGUAUAGAUACAACAUAUGCACAAAAACGUAAAUUUGCUUAUGAUUCAUUAGCAUAUAAUAUACAAGAUUCAAUAUUUUGCGAAUUAUUUCCUGAUAUAACAGAUGAAAUAAAAAAGAUUCUUGAAGAACGAACUGCAAAAUUAUCGACACUAAAUUCUAUUAAUAAUGAUCAAGAACAAUCGGAAUCAUCAUCAUCAUUAAAUAGUGGUUCAACAUCAACAUCUUGGCUCAAUAGUCUCAUUGGAAAUUUAAUGAUACUUGUCUUUUUAGCAGUAUUUGCUAUUAUCGUUCGAUUUAUUCUUAAUUCAACUGCUGAAAUACAGUAA